CUAAAACGGGUCGAUUGAGCAAUUUAAAUAGCCGAUCUCAUCGAUCGAUCCAAACCCACCUGGGUCGUAACAGGAAGACCGAUCGAAUACUAGCUAGCUACUUACAUACUAUACCCAAAUGGCUUCCUCAAGCUCAACCAACAAUACUAGUACUACCACUGCUACAAGUUCCCCAAUGGAUCAGAAGUACCCAUAUCCCACGGAGUUUAAUGUUCGAGACUUCGUACCCAUUGAGUUGUCUAGAAGAAACUACGAUAACUGGAGCAGAUUGAUGUCGGACUUCAUUCAGAGCCGAGGAUUGAUCGGUUUCAUUCGUGGCACGGUUAAGGCACCAGCACUUGAUGCUAUCGAUGGUGGUGGUGUACGUGGUGGUAACCAAGACUAUUGCUAUAACAAUAGUGAUUACGUGCUGUGGAAAAGAUCGGACAAUCUUGUGCGCGGGUGGAUACUAGCGACACUCGCUCAAGAUACACGUCUGUCUGUGUUGAGGUUCGAAACUGCUGAAGCUAUGUGGAAUGAAUUGAGGAAAAUGUUCGAUCUCACUAUGAAUUUAUACGGAUAUGAUGAUGCAACUCAGGAGAAGAUAGCCCAUUAUCUGCCCCUAUACAGAGCUUCGAUUAGCGGGGAUUGGGAUGAGGCCAGUGGAUUCAUAGAAAACGAACCAGAGUGUGUGAGGACUCACAUCACGUUGUCCUUGAAAACAAUGCUCAACAUCGCGAUCAGAUCAUCGCAGAGAAACGGUUUCGUGAGGAAGCUUCUGGAGAAGAUGUCGCCCAAGGAUGUUAUAGACCUAGUUGACGGUUCUGGCAUGACAGCCCUUCACGUGGCCGCAGACCAUGGCAACAUUGACGGAGCCAAAAUGUUAGUCAGAAAAAACUCGGGUCUACCUAAUGUUCAGGACAAGAAAGGAUUUAUACCUCUCAAUCUUGCUGCUGCCCGCGGGAGUAGGGAGAUGGUUCUGUUCUUGAUGGAGGAAACCAAACAAGACGUUAUACUGAUGGAUGGCGUAGGGGAAGAACUUCUGCGUGACCUUAUAAUAAGUGAACUUUAUGACAUGGCUCUAACUCUGUUUCCGCACAUACCUGGGCUGGAACGCUCGAAAUCGGCUCUUCUUGAUAUACUUGUGGAAAAAUAUUCUUCAUUCCCAAGUGGAACUCCCUUAAACUUCUGGCAGAAGUUAAUAUAUGAGGGAGUUCCUUUGAAAUCAGAAAGCAUUGCAUACUGGGAUGGCCGCGACGGAGGAGGAGGAGACAUUGAGAAUCCUAUAGACGGCUGCAUCUCUGGUUUGACUAUAUCUUUAGCACCUAAUUUCACCAAUCCAUCCUUUCUCAAUAACACUUUUAAAUAUAGGGCAAAGUCUACUUUGACCCCCUAUGGUAUGGGCCAUGCGCUGAUACAUCUCGUAUGAUUUAAAAGUGUGCACAUAACCUCUUGUGAUUUUGAAAAUGUGCGGAUAGACCCCCUACCGUCAUGUUUUUCAUCCAUAUUAACGGACACAACAUUAAAAGACUGAUAUAUCGUCAUCAUCUCCCUUGAUUCUUUUUCUUUUUUAAAUCCAACCACACCAUCCCCUAUACCAAAAAUUGAAUCCAAACCGUUGAUAUUGUAGAGUUUGACGAGUACUACACCUAUGUCAAAAUUCAAGUCAAUCAAAAAAUGAAAAAUUCAUGGUCGAAUCAAUUUUGUUAUGAAAUUAAAUUUUCCAAUUUGAAUUUACCACAAAUUAGAUCACUGGGUUAUUGAUGCCUGAUUGAGAUGAUUUUUUAUAGAGGUACUCUAUUAUUUAUUUAAUAUAUUAUGAACGACUCAGAUUUCAUUCUAGAGGCGUGUGAGAUACAUCUCCAUUAAUAUGGAUGAAAAAUACGACGAUAGGGGGUCUAUCUGCACAAUUUUAAAACCACAAGAGGUUAUGUGCACACUUUUAAACCACAGGAGGUGUAUCUGCACAUGGUCAAAACCAUAAGGGGUGAAAGUGGACUUUGCCCUUUAUAUAUAUACUCGUCAAAGGCACUAGUUAGCAAUAAAGACUAUCAAUUUGUCGACCUACACAAAUUUGAGAAUUUUCGUGGCCUAAAGCGGUCGUCUCUGUUGGUUUCCUACGUUAAGACAUGAGCGAAUGUUGAAUAUAAAUAGCCAAACAACUACGUACCCAGUUUUCAGCUUCUCAUGAGUUUGACUUGACCAGUAUUAUUUGCAUGUGCAGUGACUCAAAGAUUGCAUUUGAAGUUUUGGGAAGUCGCUGAAAAACAUG